AUGUCUAAUAAGAUUUUAGCAAAACGGUUCAGGUGCCAACCAAUAGCCCACCAAGGAACACAAUUUAACCAGAGUUUGAUCACUGACAAAGGUGACUUUAGCUCAGGGCUUGAAAGUCAAAAUGACUUUGCUUUUGAAAGCUCGAGAUUUUUAGAGCUCCCAGUUACCAUUACUCGAGAUAAAGCACGACAAAACAGCACUUCUUUGACACUCUCACCGCUGCCAGUCUCGUACGGCCUGGAGAAAGAACAGGAUGAACCAUUGGAUAUGACCACUGUACAUCGGCAAGAGGCGUCGCUGAUAAAAUUCCUCCCUCAGGAGAAUCUUUCCAGUACGACACCUCGUCGGAUUGAGCAUUAUCAGCCGCAUCAGUUGUAUUCGGUCCCGAAAGAGGGAGCUCCGUCAAUGAGUCACGAAGUUGAGUUGAGUUCAGAAAUUGCACAGAAAGAAAAAACUGAUAAUUCUCUGAUUUUCUAUGAUCGCAAAGUAUCUUCAGUUUCAAGAAGAAUUAUUCUAAAUAAGGAUGAUGAAAAUAAAGUUAGCAGAUCCAUGAAACAAGGGGACAUCGGCCCUACUUUUAACAUUAUUUCGGUUAGUAAGGAAGCCAAAUCCAAACUCGCCAAGAUCGACAACAAGUUGGGAGCCUACACCUGCCAACUGUGUAAGCAAGCAUUUAUCAAUGCUUUCUGUCUCGCUCAGCACCGCUGUUCCAGCAUAAUCCCAGUAGAAUACCGCUGUCCGAACUGUGACAAAGUGUUCAACUGCCCAGCUAAAUUGGCUUCUCACAGUCGCUGUCACAAAUUUCGGAAAUAUGCAGGAGCAAAGCCCGCUAAACACUCCAGCUCUAAGAAGAAGGCCUUUUCAGCUCUUAACACCACUAAGCCAUUGUAUGGUCCUACGGAGCACAAACUUUGCAUUAAAAAACCUACAGGGGGAGAGCAAUUUGAGUGUAAAGUAUGCUGGGUAAAGUUCGAACGAAAAACAAAUUUCAUAAGACAUGUCCAAAACCACAGUACAAUUACAGAAACUAACAAACCAACAAGUUUCCUCCAAUAUGGGAAAGCCUGCACCAGUAUGACCCACUCACAAUGUUACUGUUCUGGCAUUCAGAAGGUGUACGGCUGUCCUACGGAUCUUAUCUCUCCUCUCUGCUGGCAGCUACCCCGUUCUCCGCCGGAAACCACAAUUACUAGAUUUCCUGCCACACACCCAAAGCCAUCCUGUACGCACAACAUUGAAUCUAUAUUAUCGGGUCCAAUGCAGUCGUGCAAUACAGGGGAAGAGGAACAAGCCAAAAGUAAUAGGUUUGCCCAACAGGCCUGUCUUGAAAAACACGACCAAAAAGAAACCAAAAUCACAGAUCUGGGUUAUUUCUGUUAUUGUGGGAAGACUUUUCGAAAUUCGGAGAAUUAUAGAAAACACUGUUUAAUUCACUCCAGAAUGUUAACUGGAGGUGAAGCUUCAUUCGGUAACUUAAAUGGUUUGACCUACACGUGUAAGUUUUGCCUCAGUGUCUUUUACAGCUCAGGAGGCCUCAACCACCACCUGAUCAGCUAUCAUCCAGUGGAAAACAGCAGACUCCUGCUUCCAUCCAAUCUUCCUCAAUUCACCACGUCUCCUUCAACAUACAGUUUCUCUUCACCUAACACCGCAAAUAACUAA